GAUGGCCGCUGUUAGACAAUACAGUGCAGGCACGGAUUUCAUCUCGGCGACAAAGAUGAACUACUUCCACUACUUUCUCAAACAACUGACCGGAUGGACGAUGCACCCUCAUAUCGGCGUCCCUGCCAAGCAGGCAACACGAAUUGCAGACAUGGGUACCCAGACUGCCAUCUGGGCUAUUGACGUAGCUGAAGAUCCCAAACUCCAAGCCGACGUCCACGGAUUCGAUGUAAACAGCAAAUUCUUUCCACCGGCAGCUUGGCUACCGUCGAAUGUGACAUUGCACAGUCAGGACAUUCUAAGUUCCUUUCCCGAACCCCUGCUGGGAACCUUUGACGUGGUCCAUUUCCGCUUGUUCAUCAUGUUGGAUGAAGAAAAAAUUCGAUCCAUGGUUAAGAACGCCAUAGAGUUAUUAAAGCCUGGGGGAUUCGUCCAGUGGAUUGAACAUGACAAGACGAGUCUAAGGCCUAUCACAGUAUCUGAAAACCAGGACACGUCAUCUGUCGAAGCUCUCAUUGAAAUGGAGAAACACCCGUUCCCAAAUUACAACCAUGCUUGGGUCAACUCUAUCGCCCCAGCAAUGAGUGCAGAAGGCCUGGAUGUGCUAGUGGAGGAAAGAAUCCAAACGCGAAAGAGUUUGCUCACGCAGAUGCACGAAAUGCAUAUGCUGGCACUGAUAGAUGUUCCACCCGGCUUGAGUGAGGCUAUCGACACGUUCAAGGAGAAGCACUUCUCUACAGUAGCAGAGGACUGCGCAAAAGGCGUGUCAUCGGUAGAUAGCUUUCUUACUGUGAUUGCCAGAAAGCCUAUGUAG